AUGAGAGAAUUCAAACAGCCCGCGCUCACUCAGCUGUUGAGUUCCUUUCAGUCGAUCACUCUCGAUGUCUCGUUGGAGAAGACUGGCGAAUUGGGAUCUCACUUAGAGGGACCAAUCUACUUUGAGUGUAAACUAAACAAGCCAGUGCACAUUGGCAUGCGAUUAUUGCAUUCAGCUGCUCUGCCUCGCAGUGUGAAUAAUAAUGGAGACCUGACCUUUGACAAGCCACUUUCCCAGUGGCUUCCCAAUUUUUUUCCUGCAUACUCGACUAAAGACAUCAUCGCUCCACUGUGGACAGACAUUAAUAAUAGCAGGAAAGGAACCAUCUCUUACCGACAAGUAACAGACGGUCCUCUCUUGAAACGGGCAUCAAGAGACUUAAACAAAUAUUUUCCCAACUUGAACUUCUCAGCCUCGUGGGUUUUUAUUGCUACAUGGGAUGAAGUACCGUACUUUGGAAUGACAGAGACAAGUUCAUCUUUUCAAGUUGUUUUGGUCUCUGAUGGCUCUCUGUCUUUUGUCAUGAUGAACUACGGAAAUAUUUUCUCUACGAAUCAAUGGUUUCAGGCUGGCUAUGACACAAUAGACUCAACUAAUUAUUUUUCAAUCACUGCGCCUGAUGCAAAUAAGCUGUCCAACUCCAGCAAUGUCAAUGUGACGGGACGAUGGGUAUUUCGCGUUGAUGAAAUAUUCUACCCAUAUGGAGAUGUAGAGGAUGUGAAAAACCCACAUCCAUCCAGAAACACGGUUGGCCGGGCCAGUCAGUCAGCCACCGUCUUCCUCCGCAUGCCCCUCCAGCGAACUUCCUGCCUGUUCUAUGCUGGACUCCUCCGCUGGGUCCAGAAAGCGGAGGAGGAAGAAGAAAGCAGCCCCAGCCCUCUCCAAUCUUGGCUGAGCCUGCGGCAUCUCCAUGUCCCACCAGAUCCUCACCUCCACCUGGGCUUGGCUGCAUUUCGGCUACGGCACCUGACCCGCCGCGGCAGCCCGCUGCACCUGACCCGCCGCGGCAGCCCUCGGCUCAUGACCCGCCAUGAGUUCAUCUUUUCAAGCUGUUUUGAUCUCUGGUGGCUCUCGGUCUUUGUCAUGAUGAACUACAGAAAUAUCUUCUCUACGGUUAAACACUUUCAGGCUGGCUAUGACACAAUAAACUCAACAAAUUAUUUUUCAAUCCCUGCGCCUGAUGCAAAUAAGCUGUCUAACUCCAGCAAUGUCAAUGUGUUGGGACGAUGGGUAUUUCGUGUUGAUGGUGGGAUUGAUGAGGGAAUAUUCUACCCAUAUGGAAGUGUAGAGGAUGAGAAAAACCCACAGUCGGAUGAUGGAAGUUCUCCACUGAUCCCCUUUCGGCGACCAUUUGUGUACUUUGGCCGUGUAUAUGACAAAAUAUUUGUGAAUAAUAAUGGAGACCUGACCUUUGAUAAGCCACUUUACCAGUGGCUUCCCAAUUAUUUUCCUGCAUACUCGACUAAAGACAUCAUCGCUCCACUGUGGACAGACAUUAAUAAUAGUAGGAAAGGAACCAUCUCUUACCGACAAGUAACAGACGGUCCUCUCUUGAAUCGGGCUUCAAGAGACUUAAACAAAUAUUUUCCCAACUUGAACUUCUCUGCCUCGUUGGUUUUUAUUGCUACUUGGGAUGAAGUACCGUACUUUGGAAACAAUGAAUCAAGUUCAUCUUUUCAAGUUGUUUUGGUCUCUGGUGGCUCUCUGUCUUUUGUCAUGAUGAACUACGGAAAUAUCUCCUCUACGAAUCAAUGGUUUCAGGCUGGCUAUGACACAAUAAACUCAACAAAUUAUUUUUCAAUCCCUGUUACUGAUGAAAAUAAACUCUCCAACUCCAGCAAUGUCAAUGUGACGGGACGAUGGGUAUUCCGUGUUGAUAGCGGGCCUAAGGGAAUAUUCUACCCAUAUGGAGGUGUAGAGGAUGAGAAAAACCCACAGUCGGAUGAUGGAAGUUCUCCACUGAUCCCCUUGCGGCAGACCAUUUGUGUACUUUGGCCGUGUAUAUGA